AUUUUGGAGAACAGCCGAAACCUAGUAAGAAUUACCGAGCGAGACGGCCAGAACGAUCCAGUGAUCUGUUCAAUUUUGAUUGUUUACAGUAACAAGUGCCUUAACGAAAAAAGACGACGGAACCAGGAGAACCUGUUUAUCGACGAGCUUGCCGAGCUGGUUUCCGCCACGGACAUGAGCUCUGGCAAGACUGACAAAUGCCAGAUCCUUCAGAGAGCCGUCGACCAGAUUCGGCACAUUAGGCAACAGGAAGGCUCGAAUAGUCAUGCCGUACAGCAGGGGGAAGUGUCUUCUUCGAAUCCUAACAUACUGUCCAACGAUCGAGUUGGUCCUAUUUUACUCGAGGCGUUAGAUGGCUUUCUUUUCGUUGUAAAUACGGAGGGACGAGUGGAGUACGUAACAGAUAACAUAACUCAGUACAUAAAUUACACGAAGGACGAUGUUCUCGGCAAGGAUAUUUAUAAUAUUAUUCAUCAUGGAGAUCACAACACCUUCAUGCCGAGCUUGUUGCCUAUGCCAUUAGGCUGGACGAACGAGCAGCAGCCCCAGAGGAAUCGUACCUUCAAUUGCCGCUUCUUGGUGAAGCCUCCUGAUGACAAAGAAGAGACUAUGGAAGAGAAGCAGCAACGAGUAUCGAAAUACGAGUCUAUGCAAAUCUGUUCAGCUCUUUUGCCAAAUAAUAGUGAUCGUCUGGAGAGCGGUGACGUAUCGUCUGAAUCUUCAGACAACGGUCCUUGCGUAAUGUGCGUGGCUCGCAGGAUACCCCCGAACGAGAAGCCCAUCGGUACGCCCAUCGAGCAGUUCACCGUCAAGUUGGACACCACGGGGAAGAUUAUCGCGGUUGAUGUUAUCUGGUUAUCUCCUCCUUACUCCGAGUACCUAAGCAAGGAGCUGAUUGGUACGACGAUAAAGGACUUGUGCCACCCUCAUGACCUCAGUAAGCUAACUGCACAUUUGAAUGAUACGCUUCAAGUCGGCGAGAGUACCAGCGGUGUGUACCGACUGCGCGUUAGUCCUGAUAAGUUCCUUAAUAUUCAAACAAAGUCAAAACUUUUCAAAGCGAAUGUGAUGAAUACGCUUGUUACCGACUUCAUUAUGGCCACCAAUACCAUCAUUGGGGACAAUGACUUAACGCCUAUCGAGGGUGGUCAGCUUUCCAACAACAAAGUGUGCUCUGGACACUCUAGUAACCGUUGUGCGAAUAAUAGUAAUAAUAACAAUAAUGGUAAUAAUAACAAUAACGUGGGUGGCCCGCUAAUGUCCGUGGCGCAUCUGAACGGUCAAGUGAGUGGUAUGAGUAGCCGGGGGUUGGCCGGUACGUCGUCGCACGCGGCCGGUACCGCCGCGGCGGCAUCGUCGAACUCGAUAGUGUUCAGCGCGGCCGAGUCGUGCAACCCCCUGCCGUCGCUAAGUAGCAGUAAUCCGUUCAACCACUUUUCGGGGAACAUGGACUUGGAAUUCGAGCUGUUCCCCAGUUCCACAUGGGACUUGGAUAGUAGCAGCGGGUGGGCAGAUAGGCCCGAAUCGAGAGCGAGCGGGCCACCAAACUCACGACCAUCUUCCCAGCCAGCCCCGACAUCUCCGAGUCCCCAGGCAACGUUCUCCUCUAAUACGGCGGUGGCGCCUCACUGCAGUAGUCCCCUGCGCGCGUUCAGCCCGACGUCAGGCAACGCGGCUCACACCUUCAGUAAUUCGUUCCCCUUCAGUCCGCUUCAGGAAUCACAGACGUCCUCGUUGACCAACAGCGCUACUAGUAGUGUUAACGCGAACGGGGCCGCCGGAUUGACGCCCAAGAGACAGGAUGAAGGGAAGACCGCCACCGGGUGCUCGACCACCAACCAAUCUGCCAUCGAGUCAGCCGCCAGCAACGCGAGGAACAACGCGGCGGCCUCCGUCGCUGGUGGUACAGCGGCCGUUGCAGCCGCAGCCGCAGCCGCAGCCGCAGCCGCAGCCGCUGGCGGUCAAACUGGCACCGCCGGCGCCGUUGUCGAAACUCAGAACAGUGUUGUGUCCACCGAGUCCGGUAGACUGAGAAACUUGUUGACCAAGGGGGCUAGUGCUAGUGAGGACAGUCAGGACAAUGCGAAUAACGAUACCGAGAGCCAAAAUAAACAUCGGAUAUUGAAGAUCUUGUUGAAUCAGCAAGACGAGGACGAUUUUCAUCCGGAGCAUAAUAAUAAAGUGCGCACGAGUCCUAGCAACAUGCCGAAAUCGAGCAUGGAGCAUUCGAAAUCGUCGCUUGGGAAUAAUAUGCUGCUACAGCUAUUAAACGAAAAGAACGACGACGAAGACGAAGAGGCUCGCGCUGGCUUGAAAAAGAGGAACGAACUUUUGCAGCAGCUUCUGAAAGAUCAAGAUGACGAGAGGAAAGUACAAGAGCAACAGUGCAAGUCACAAACGCGGGAGGAAGAUUCUCUGUUGCGAAGCCUUGGAUUUCGCAACACGACGCCAUCGCCGUCUCAAUCGAGCGACAAUGUCGGACUCGGUGGUUCCUCUCAAGUUGGUCAGAAGAGACCCGGCGAAGAUGGUGACUUGAACAUAGCCGCGAAACGACCCAUGGAUGGAUCGCAUCAAGUGUCUUCUUCCGGUACGUCCACCAAUGCGACCAGCAAACUCUGGGAGAGAAACAAGAUGUUGGCCUCGUUGUUGGCCAAACAACCUCCCCAGCCAACCACUAUCCCACCAAUACCUGCGUCUGUGAUAUCGGCAACUCCGCAGGAUAAGCUACUUCGCAGCUUAAAACCGCAACAGCCACAGCAGCAGCAACAAUCUCAGUCCCAGCCACAAUCGCAGCAACAGCAACAGCAACAGCAGCAACAACAGCAGCAGCAGCAGCAGCAACAGCAGCAGCAGCAGCAGCAGCAACAGCAGCAGCAGCAGCAGCAGCAGCAACCUUGGACAGGUGGCAGCAUGCAGUCGGUUGGUGGCAACAAUACGAUUACGACUACCGCUACUUCCGCACGUACUCCUCUCCAAAGCCAGUCGAGACAACUACCUCGCCCAACAACCAAUACCUACCUCACUCAUAUGCUAAGUCAGCAACAAAGACCUCAAAUGGGUCAAAUGGAUUCGGAAUUUACGGGCAGCGGAGAGUAUCGUCAAACAAGCACCGAUCCCAGUAAUUGGGACAAUCAGUCAUCAGACCCUGAUCUUUCCGAUAUUUUAGAUCAAGUUAUCGAAUUCGUGCCAGAUGAAGCUAUCACAGAUUCGUCUGCGAUAGCAAAUCUCCUAGAUGUAAUCGAAGCGCCGCAAAACAACGCGUUGAAUGAGAAGAUGGCGAUUAACGCGAUACAGAAGUCGUUGAUGUUAUGCGAGACUGCCGUAAAUCCAACGUCUUCCACGAUAACAAUUCCUGGCACGCCUCCAGCUUACUCUACUGCAUUGGGUACCACACCUGUAACGACGAGUCAUAGUUACCAGCCACCACCGAUAUACCAACAACAACCGAGGAUGAGGUUUAACACGCAACCGGGCGUUAGGCAGACGACUGCUCAGUUCACGCAACAGCAACAGUUACAGUUACAACAGCAACGGACAAAAAUGAUACAACAGCAACAGCAACAAUUGAAGCAGAGGUUGCUGCAACAACAGCAGCAGCAACAGUUACUCAUCCCUUCCAAUGCUACAGCUACGGACCAAAUUACCACCGGAAUUCACAAUAUCGACAACCUUCUGAACAAUACUGUUGCGCCAAAUGUAUCGUUACAGCGAUCGAGUGUCCCAGAUUCACAAGUAUCUCCAGGUUAUGGGGGAUCCGUCCAAAUGCCUUCCGGUCAUCGACUCGCUCAUUCGUAUUCUCAUCCUUCAACGCUAUCACAACACCCCAUUGUAAACAGUAAUUUUAACAGUGGUCAACAAGUGUCUGCGGCAGCGCGACUCUCGCCGCAUUCCCCGGCUGGUAUUUUGUCGUUCUCCCAUCCGCAGCCGUUGUCACCACGAGUGACGCAAGGCAACUAUGGUAAUACCCCGAGAUUAUUCACCGUUAACCAGGUGAGAUCGCAGCAACCACCGACCGCGCAGCAGCAGUUGCAGCAGCAGCAGAGAUCGAUGCCGUCGCCAGGGACGCCAGCAUCCGCCCGGCAAUCACCGUUUCCGGCGGAAACCUUUCCUCCACCUACGUCCCCUACAGCCAGCCAAUUUCCACCUGGUCCUAAUCCUGGUGCUCCGAAUCCUUCGGCCCAAUAUCGGUUGCAACGGACCGCUUCUACACCUUCAGCUACGACUCAGUUGCCAGGUGGGGUAGGUUCGCCCCGGCACUACGGCGGAGUGAGUAAGGAACAACCUCUUCUUUCACCUAGUCAUCCACAUUCGGGUUGCAACCCAGCAACACCGACUCACAAUCAACACAACGUAACGAAUACCCAACAACACUUCUCCAACCAACAACAUUCUUCUAUGAUAUACCACACGACCGCCAAUACUAUCAACACAGCUGACAUGCAGAACAAUCAGUUCUGUUACGAUCGGACGUCUGUUCCACUCUAUUCGUCAGGGCCUGGGGACACGCAGGACGCCAGGCCUUUGCCUCCCGGUAAUCCUGUCAAUCACCAAUUGGGUGGUAAGUCAUGUGACCACUUAAUGUCAUGUGACCAUCACUUCGUCAUCAUCACAACCCCUCCUUCCGUAUAUAUGCCCCCCAGCCCCCCCCCCCCUCUCUUUGUAUAUCUAUCUAAAGUACCUCGUAUCACGGAGAUCGGCUCGACAACGGCAUGAGACAUAUAUUUUUGUUCUUUCUUUCUUUCUUUUUUUUCUUUUUUUUCUUUUUUUUUUUUUCUUUUCUUUAUAAUAUCAUUUCGUUUGGAAACCCAUGGAAACGCACAUCAUCAUUCUCUAUUCACCAUCCACCCAUCGAUGUACCACCCUGUCUAUAAACAAGUUUGUAAAUAUAAAUGACGAUCAUCCAAGCUGAAGCGUUCUGUUUCGUGCAUUCAGUGUAUCCCGUUUUCACUGUCAUAGACAAUCUGUACACAUCUCUUUUACGUCUCAUGUGGGAAGCG